UUUUUCUUGUCAACAAAAUAAAAAAAUGUUUCGUUUGAUACUGUUGAUCGGUUUUGUUGCCGGCAUAGCAGUUGCGAAGCCUUAUGGUCAUGGGGGUGGUCAUGGUUACGGGCACGGUCAUGCUGUUUCCGCAGCUGUAUUAAGUCAUCAUAAUGUCAAAUAUUAUGACGUUCCAAGCCAUGGUCAUGUAAAACCAACAACGAUCGAUGUACCGCCAAAUCAUGUACCAAUAAAUUUUGUUUUCCGUUCAGCAUCCAGUAUGAUACAUGCACAACAAAAACACAUCGGCUCACCUGGUUCUUAUCAAACAUCAUAUUCAAAAGAUGCUCCACACGUUUUAAAACACCAUGUGACUAAACCAAUUAUUCAGGAAGUACAUGAAGUUAUAUCACCAUAUCGUAAAGUUGUCCAAACUGUUGAACCGGUUAAAGAAGAAAUUAAAACAGUUGUUGCACGUGGUUAUGGCCAUGAUUCCUAUGGACAUGGCGGCGAUAGCUAUGGCCAUGGUGGAGAUAGCUAUGGACAUGGUGGCGAUAGCUAUCACGGUGGUGGGCAUGAAUAUGGACAUGAAGAAAAAGGUUACGGCGGUGGUGGUGGUGGUGGACAUGAAUAUGGAGGCCAUUAUUGAUGAAAACACACAUCUCCCUGAUGAAUAAGUGUGAAUGAAGAAUAAAUAUGGAAAACAACAACAAAAUGAUAUCUACUUAGAUUUUUUUCAAAUCAAAUAU